GUGACGUCAGAGUUUAAAUAACUUCCUGGCCAAUCAGAAACGAGCGUGGACAUUUAACGGUUGGUCACGUGACAGGUUUGAAGACACCCGGUAAAGUCUAGUGUACGAGAACGUGUAGUUUUCAGCUCAUUACACUAAAAGAGGACGAGGAAUUUUGUGUUACUAGGCAAAGAUGGCAACUCGGAUAUCUAAUCUUCAAUCAGGCAUUCUCAGAAAUGAUGAGAAUGGCCCUAGAAAAGUUGCUGCAAAAGUCCUUCAAGGUCCAGUUUUACGAAGAGCUGCUUUGGGAGAUGUGGGAAAUCGGCCCAUCCCCACUAAAGGAUCAACUGGCCCUCUGAAACCCGAUUUGUUGAAACAGUCUCUUGUUGCCAGAGCAGCUGCAACCAGACAGUUCUCUUCACAGAGCAGGAAAGACAUAAAAGAAAAUGAAAAUGUCAAGGAACCCACUGAAAAUGUUGAGGACAUGGAUGUGCAAGAAGCGAAGGUUGAGGAACUGUCCAUUGCCUUCUCUACUCAACUUUUGAAUGUUGAGGACAUUGAUUCACAGGACCGUGGUAAUCCUCAGUUGGUCUCUGAUUAUGUGAAUGAGAUCUACAAGUAUCUCCGUGAACUAGAGGAUAGAAGUCAGGUCAAAAGUGGGUACCUUGAAGGACAAGUGAUUAGUGGGAAGAUGAGAGCAAUUUUGAUAGACUGGCUUGUACAGGUUCACUCACGCUUCACGCUAUUGCAAGAAACACUCUACCUUACAGUUUCUAUUAUUGAUAGAUUCCUCCAGGUUGAAAGAUCAAUACCCCGUAAUAAGUUACAGCUCGUUGGUGUUACUGCAAUGUUCAUUGCUAGUAAAUAUGAGGAGAUGUACUGCCCAGAAAUUGGAGAUUUCAGUUAUAUUACUGAUAAGGCAUAUUCAAGAACAGAUAUUAAAAGGAUGGAAAUCCACAUGUUAAAGACUCUUCAGUUCAAUGUAUCUUACCCACUUCCUCUGCACUUUUUGAGAAGAAAUAGUAAAGCUGGAUCUGUGGAUGCCACGCAGCACACGUUAGCCAAAUAUCUCAUGGAGCUGUGUUUGUUAGAAUACUCAAUGGUCCAUUUCAAGCCCUCAAUCAUUGCUGCUGCAGCACUCUGUCUUGCUCUCAAGUUGUCUGAUGGCAGUGAAUGGAAUAAUACACUAGUGUUUUACUCGCGUUAUACUGAAGAACAGUUAAUUCCGGUUAUGGCAAAGAUGUCCUCUGUAGUUGUUAAGAGUUACACCAUGAAACAACAGGCUGUAAGACUAAAGUAUAAGGUAAGCAAGUAUAUGAAAAUCAGCGACAUUCCACAGCUCAAGUCAAAAAUUAUCCAGAAUCUUGCAGAGAAGGGCUCUCUGACAUAAGGUGGCACCAGAAGCUCGGAAUGUUACCGUGAUGAAAUCAUAUUUACAUUUACUUCUAGUAGAUACAUUCUUACUGUGAUUGAAAUAUUUUAGCAUGCAUUAUUGUAAUUUUUGAUCACAUUGUUGUAGCUUGUGUUAUUAGUAAAGCAGUAACUGGUGUCAUAGACAUUGGGUAAGUGUUAGUGACAAUUUUUUCUGCGAUACCCUGGCAUCUCCUAACUCCAGAGAGAGUCCUAGUCAUCAGCGAAUAGGAAAGAAUUGCUGGGGCAGUAUUUUUUCACUUCAAUAUGGUGGUACGUUAUAUUAGCAGAUCUUUCUGCAACUUGGGUGCUGAAUUUUAAAUCCCUUACUUUUAAAUACUUUUUAAAAGCUGGAUAUAUAGGUCGUCCUAGGUUCUUUUCAGAAUAAAGAUCAUUUGGUUAAUGUUGAAACUGUAUUAUAUAGGUUUAAUCAAUUACGUUAUUUUAACAUUCCAAUAAGAAAUUGUUUGGAAGUCUUCUGUUAUAGGGAUACAGUCCAGCAUUUUAUGUUUUUCGUGUUUUUACGUUUUACCUGAAGACUAUAUAAAUAUAUAUCCCAUUUUUUAGGUUAUCCUUCAUUAUUUCAUAUGAUGUCUACAUAUCAGUCCAGAAGUCAUAUUGCUAUCAUUAUUACAGCAUGUUCUUUGGCCACUUAAAAAAAAUACAGAAUGGAUAGUCAUCUUUUGGCUAGUAGAAAGGAUGCUUGUUUAUGCCUUCCAACAUGUUUGCAAGUCUGUGCCAAAGACAAACUUCUUUUUUUUUAAGUAUUUUCCUUUAGUAAUACCAAAUGCUGUUAUGAUUUUCAUAAGUGUAUAUCUGCCUGAAUGGUAAGGAUACCAGUAAUAGCACUUUAUAACAAGUGGCCAUACAUUCAUCAUCAUAUAUACCAUGUAGUUAUAUUUCUGUAAGGAAUAAGUUUUUAAUAUACUGAUUUUUCUAAA